AUGAACAGCGAUAGUCGAGCGUCGCCGAAGCGGGCACCGGCACCGCACUGGGCUAUCUCUAUGCGUGGUCUGGAGAGGUUAGACUCGGCCUUGUCUCGUCUUGUUCCGAGUCUGGCCAGCAUCGGUUCAGAUAGCUAUCGCAGCGCCCACAGAACUCCUGUGCGGCGGAUUCAAUUCGGAGAUCAGGACACGCCGUCGCCGGGCUGA